UGUGAGCGACAGCAGAGCUGCAGUCGAGACAAGUCUCUCCGUUUCUGAAACAUUCAACUGAAUCCAGGCAGCUUUUUCUCAACAACAGCAGAAUAUCUGCCAAACACCAAGUGCCGAUAUGUCUGCUGCCAGCUGUCUGCUGACUGAAGAUCAGUUUCUGUGCUCCAUCUGUCUGGAUGUGUUCACUGAUCCAGUCGCCAUACCAUGUGGACACAACUUCUGUAAAACCUGCAUCACUGAUCACUGGGACAUUAAUGAUCCCUAUGAGUGUCCCAACUGUAAAAAGCUUUUCUACACAAGACCUGAGCUGCAGGUCAAUACGUUCAUCUCUGAGAUGGCUGCUCAGUUCAGACAAUCAGCUCAACAGGAAGCCAGCAGCAGCAGCUCAGAGCAACAAGUGUCCAAACCAGGAGAAGUUCCCUGUGACGUCUGCACAGGUACCAAACAGAAGGCCCUGAAGUCCUGCCUGGUGUGUCUGGUCUCCUACUGUGAGACUCACCUGGAGCCUCAUCUGACAAUGACAGGUCUGAAAAGACAUCAGCUGAUCAAACCUGUGGAGAACCUGGAAAGCAGGAUGUGUAUGAAGCACGAUAAGCCUCUGGAGCUGUUCUGUAAGACAGACCAGACAUGUAUCUGCAUGCUUUGCACUGUUUUAGACCACAAGACACAUGACGUUGUUCCUCUGAAAGAAGAAUAUGAAGGAAAGAAGGCCGAGCUGGGGAAGACAGAGGCUGAAAUUCAGCAGAUGAUCCAGAAGAGACGACUGAAGAUUCAGGAGAUCAAACACUCAGUGGAGCUCAGUGAUAAAGAUGCAGACACAGAGAUAGCAGAAGGUGUUCAGGUCUUCACCGCUCUGAAGGCGUCUGUUGAGAGAAGUCAGGCCGAGCUCAUCGACACGAUCAAAGAGAAGCAGAGAAAGAUAGAGAAACAGGCUGAAGGCUUCAUCAAAGAGCUGGAACAGGAAAUCUCUGAGCUGAAGAAGAGAAGCACUGAGGUGGAGCAGCUCUUACAGUCUGAAGACCACCUCCACCUCCUCCAGAGCUUCACCUCCCUGAAUGCUGCUCCACCCAUCAAGGACUGGACAGAAGUCAGCGUCCGUCCACCUUCAUAUGAGGGGACUGUGAUGAGAGCUGUUACUCAGCUGGAGGAGACGCUCAGUAAACAGAUGAAGAAGCUGUUUGAGGCCGAGCUGAAGAGGGUCCAGCAGUUUGCAGUGGAUGUGACUCUUGAUCCUAAUACAGCACAUCCUGAUCUCAUCCUGUCUGACAAUGGAAAACAAGUUAAACAUGGUGAUGUGAGAAAUGAUCUCCCAGAUAAUCCAGAGAGAUUCAAUAAUUAUGUUAAUGUCUUAGCAAAGCAGAGUUUCUCUUCAGGAAGAUGUUACUAUGAGGUUCAGGUUAAAGGAAAGACUCACUGGACUUUAGGAGUGGCCAGAGAGUCGAUCAACAGGAAGGGAGUCAUCAUAGUGAGCCCUCAGAAAGGUUAUUGGACGAUAUCUUUGACGAAUACAAAUGAGUGCAACGCUCGUGCUGGUCCUGAUAUCCGUCUUUCUCUGAAGUCUCCGCCUCAGAAGGUGGGGGUGUUUGUGGAUUAUGAAGAGGGUCUGGUCUCCUUUUAUGACGUUGAUGCUGCAGCUCUUAUCUACUCCUUUACUAGCUGCUCCUUCACUGAGAAACUCUAUCCACUCUUAAGUACAGGUCUCAACAAAGGUGGUAAAAACUCUGCCCCUCUGAUCAUCUCUCCUGUCAAUCACACGGAGUAGAACAACCAUUUUGUAGCAUAAUGAUUGGUUGCCUUGCUCUGAGUGAGGCACACUCUGCUCCCCUGGCCAAUGAUGAUCUGCCUGCAAGCUACAAGGGCAGGGAGCUUGUCUUCUUGACAUCCUCUCACUUUUGGAUCCCUAAGGGACGUGUCAUUCCCGGGUUGCCUCGCUUUCGGUACACCUUGCAGUCAUACUCUCUGCAGUGUCCAUAGGCUAGGCUAUUUUUAGGGGUGCCGUUUUGCCUCUGCCGGCUUUUCCUUUACCGGGUUUAUAUAUUAAUAUUCCAACACCACAUACAGUAUAUCUCUCUGCGUGCCAACAUGGUCGUCAGCUCUCUCUUUCAGCCUGCCGUUUGUGGUCUUAACUGUAUGUGUGCAGACAGGGAGUCAUGAUUUAUGUGUAUUGUUAAAUGAUGCGUUAUGUAAUUUUCUUUCUUUCAAUGAAUAUUGUUUUUUUAUCUCAUUGUUUCUUCUGGUCAUUUUCAUGACGUUACGUUUGAUUUUCUGCAAUUCAAAUAAUUUCUUUUAUUCUGGAAAUUUUGCUUAGUUCUGCUAAACCAAAUAUGUAUUGUUGCCAACUUAUUUUGUUGUUUUGUAAGCUGCAUGCAUCUGUUCUGUUUUUGUGUGUGCUACCGUUAGUGUUCUCCCUUCUUCCCUCAAAGUACUGGUGUAAAUGGUCAGUUUUAUUGUUUUUUUAAUUGUCAAUUUUACCAAAGUAAUAUACUUUAAACAUACAUUGUAUGAAUUUAACCUGUGUGCUUUUAUUCUUUUCUUUUUUGUAAAGUCAUUAGUCAUUUUAAGUCAGAUUUAGUGUAAUUCCCUAACUGAAAUUUCCAGGGUGGCAUUGUCGGUUCUGUCUUUUUUACUGGUGGUGUAAAUAGUUGUUUUAUGUACUUUAUCUACUCUUUUUUAUUGCUGAAAAUGUUAUUUGAUGUGUCACAAGACUGUUAAAUCAAAAGAAUACUGAGGAAUAAGAAGCAUUUGUAUUUUCCUUUACUGUCUGAUCAUUAAAUAUAUAAGAAGUGUUGCUUACUGGCUCAAAAAACCGAAGAACACUUAAUAAAAAA